AUGGUGAAAUCCAAGAAGGCAGAAGCCAGCAAUUCUAAUAGAGAAAACCCAGACGUGUUAGAGAGAAGAAGACUGAAAAAGCUUGCUAUAACCAACAGCGUAGUAUCAGACACUCAAGUCAAGACUCCAUAUUCAUUGAACCCAUCAAAAACUGUUGCAAAACAUCAUGGUAAAGAUAUUACUAGGAAAUCUCAAAGAAAAAACAGGUUCUUGUUUUCUUUUCCUGGUCUUCUUGCUCCUAUUAAUGGCGGUGGCAAGAUUGGCGAGCUCAAAAACUUGUCCUCUAAAAACCCUGUCCUGUACCUUGAUUUUCCUCAGGGACAUAUGAAGCUGUUUGGGACUAUUGUGUAUCCAAAAAAUAGAUAUCUGACAUUGCAAUUCUCAAGGAGUGGAAAGAAUGUUAUGUGUGAGGAUUAUUUUGAUCAUAUGAUUGUAUUUUCUGAGGCAUGGUGGAUUGGAACGAAAGAAGAGAACCCGGAAGAAUUGAAACUCGAUUUUCCGAAGGAUUUGCUUGAGGUAAAAGCUGUUGAAUGUGAUUUUAAAGGCGGCGCAGGAGCAGGAUCUGUGAAUAAGCAAGUAUUUCAAAAAAUUAGUGGAACGAAAUAUGUAAAAGAAGAGUCUCCAGAAACUGAGCUUGAUGAUGAUGAUUUAUCAGAUGAUAACCAGGAUUUGAAGGAUGUGAAGGAAGUUACACCAAUUCGGCAGUCUGCAAGAAAUGCUAGAAAAACAUUCAAUUUUGCUGAAGUUCCUUCGGGAGAUGAUUCUGCUGAGAGAAGUCCUGAUGCCGUAGAGGAGGUGGAGGAGGAAGAGGAGGAAGAAGAAGAAGAAGAAAAGAAAGUGAAAACUAAUAAGUCCUCUGCUGUAGUUCUCGACUUUGAAAGUGAGGAUUCUAGAGAAGGAAAUCAUCUUUCUGAGCAAUAUCAAGCAUCUGCUAUAGAAGUGACCAAAUCUAAAAAGCUCUCCAAGCCUGAUGUUUCAGUGACAACACCUAAGGAGAACUCACACAAUAAUCAUGGUUCGCUUGUCCAAUCGACCAUAUCUACGCUGUUCAAGAAAGUGCAGAAUAAGAAGAAAGUGGAGGAGAAGAAGAUUCAGAAGAAUAUUUACUUUUGGUAUUCCACAGUUUCUGGUCAGAAAUUGCAGCAAACUGAUUUGAAAAGGAAGAUUGAUCCGGUUGAAGCACCUAGGAAAAGAGGAAAAGUUACUGAAGGGAAAAGAGCUGGGACAGGAACCAAGGGAAAGGAGAAAGUGCAUGAGGUUGAAGACGAUGACAUUGAAGAAUUCUCAAGCUCAUCACAGGAUAAUGAAGGAAGCGAUGAAGACUGGGAAGCCUGA